AUGAGCAGCUUUGCUGGUCAACAGACAUAUUUACUAGUGGAUUACAGUCCUUCUCACAAAUCACAUUCAUUGACAGAGGCAGAAAAAGUUGCACAAGUGGCCAAAAUCCAUUUCCAGCAGAAAGUAAUGGAAAAAGAAACUGAGAAGAGAAUUUCUGAGAUUGAAGAUUCUGCUUUUCUUGCUAGAGAGAGAGGAAAAGCGGAUGCUGAAUAUUAUGCUGCUUACAAGCUUGCAGAAUCUAAUAAGUUAAAGCUAACACCAGAGUAUCUUGAACUUGUGAAAUUUCAAGUUAUCUCCACAAACAACAAAAUUUAUUUUGGAAAUGAUAUCCCAAGCAUGUUUCUGGAUUCCUCAUCUCCCAAAGUGCCAUUCAUGCAGCAAUAUAGAGGCCUAACGGAUGAUCAAAGUAAAUCUCACAAGAGUAAAGGCAAGAAACUAUGAAAGCUUAAUAAAGGAAUAUUCAAAACAGCCUUGUGGACCUAUACAGAAGCUGCAGGGAUUUAUCCCAAACAAGCACAAGAGAUCUUGGGAGAGCAACCAUAAAGCAUCAACUGCCACUCAGUAUGUCCCUCUCCCACUUUUUUUUUGUUUUCUUCAGCCAGUUGGAUUUCAGCUUCCAAUCCCUUUUUCCAGACAUGAACUUUGUCAUAUUUGAUUGUGGAUGUUAACUGAGACAGUUUGUUGAAACCUGUUGAUCUUUUAAUCUUUCAAUAAGCAGCUGCACUUAAAGCAAACGCUAGUUCUUGAUCGUAUGUGCACUACGUUUUUGACAUGAGUCUUUGCGAAUCUAGAGAUUGAUUGAGGAAGGCACUUUCUUGUUGCCAUACAUAGGGGAAAGUCUGUAAUUUUUAGGUGAAAUCUAAGAAAAGAGUGUAUUUAAAGCCGAUGAAGAUAACAUUUCUGCACUACAAUAACAUUCACCUCUUCAGAAAUCAUGUGACUUAAGGACUGUACCUCUGAACAAUGCAGGUGAUGCAACCCUAGGUCUUAACCUAUGAUUUACUUUAUGUAAUGCCCAACUGAAACGGGCAUAACAUUUUUACCUGGAUCAUUAUCAAAGUGUUACUUCAUCAACUGUUGUAUAGCUGAUUUUCUAAAUAUAAAAUUCUAAUUUGUUUUUUAAUUUUAUAAAAGAUUGCAGUCCCAUCUUGUAUUGUGCAACCUCAUCUUUCCUACUGAUAUGCCUAAAUUGCAGGUUCACUUUCGCAAAUAUUUUUAAAAGACUUGAUGCAAUAAAAAUAAUGAAGCAGUUUAGCAAAUAGUUUUAAAGAGGUAUUCUGGUUUUAAUGAUUACAUGUAUAUAUUUAGAGAAUAAGAUGUUGAACAAUUUUUUCUAAUAUACAUCUAUUUAACAUUUUGCAUGCAGAACUCUAUUACAUACAUACAGUAGCCUCUCUCUAUAGAAAGAAAAUGGUACAGCCCAUUUUAGUCUUGUAAAAUGCAUCCAUAUGAGAGCUGGAUAGGACUACACUUGACAUCAGUCUUAUGACCCUCACAAGUACCAUGUGACCUUGCUACUGUUAACUGACCAGGUUUCUAACAGGUAGUAAUUGUGUAUUGAGGAUCAGAACAUAUAUAGUAUUACUACCUGCAGCAGUAUCUCUUUGUGUCUAUUAGUGCAGAAACAGAUCUGUAUUGUUUAUUUUUACACUAAACUUAAUUAACAUGACAUCUAGAGACAGGCAGCCAUAUUACAUCAUCUCCUACAGACAUGCAUCUAUUAAAAUACAAAGUAUUAUAGUUACUGUAACAACCAUAAUAAAAAUUGAUUCCACAACUAUUGUUAUUUACUUACCACAUUAAUGUGUCUUGUAUGCUGACCAAGUACAUGUAUGUCAUGUAACACUACUGCUUACACAAUAUUAUGGAUUAUAUUGUGAAGAGUGUCACAUGACUUUUUCAUCUGGAAUGAAAAAGGGAGAUCACUAGUGUAGGACUGUGGCUGAAAAUCGCCCCCAAAUUCAACGACACUCACCUUAUGCUGUUGUGCAGAGGGCAUGACAGCCUGUUGUGUUUUGGAAGGAGCUGGGUUUACGGUUGCACGCUGUCCCACCGAUAUCUGAUCCAGAAGUUUGACUGGAGGUAGAGGAGAGAUGAGAGACUUAACUGGUGUUUAAAAGCAAUGUAAUGCAAAGAGACUCCAUUUUAAAAACACAUUUCAUGGCAUUGAAUAAAUAAAUGAAGGGUAAAAGAAAAGGCAUCAAAACUAUGAAUU